AUGUCUAAGAUCGUCAAGGCCGAGAUCUUUAAGCAUCGCUAUACGCUUGAGGGAUACAAGCUCUCCUACGGCACCAUCAAGGAGGUGUUCCCAGUGAUCCUGAAGCUGACCGACAACAACGGCAACAACGGCUGGGGCGAGGCCAACGCACAGAGACCUUUCACGGAUGAAGACUCCGAGGACGUCAUCGAGGUCUUGCGGAAUGAACUGCUUCCUCUCGUACUGGAAGAGGACGUUGCAGAUCCUGCGCACAUUGAUCGACUUCUCGACCCGGUUAGGCCGCAGGCAGAUUUGCUUGCAAAAGGUGCCAUCAAUAUUGCUUUGCUUGACCUGAAGGGCAAAAGCCUCGGGGUCUCAGUUGCCGAACUGCUAGGUGGUCCAAUCCGCCAAUCGAUUCCGGUAUCGCAUCCACUGAACAAUGGCGACGCACAAGACGACAUUCACGUAAUCGACGAAAGGAUGCGGGAAGGCUAUGUCGACUUUAUGCUAAAAAUGGGCACUUCUCCCAUCGCCAGAGAAAUAGAACGGGUUGCUACUCUCGAGAUGCGCUACGGAGACAGAAUCAAGUUCAAAGCUGAUGCCAACACUGGCUGGACCCGCGAUCAAAGCCUGGAAUUCCUGGCCGGCGUUGCAAAUUCCAGCCUGGUUUUCGUCGAACAGCCCGUGGCUAAAAUUGAUAUCAACGGUAUGGCAAUGCUUGCACAACGUAGCAAGAUUCCGAUCUCCGCAGACGAGAGCUUGACGGGCAUUGAGAAAGCGCUGGAGAUUAUCCGCAAAAAAGCAGCCAACGUCUUCAGCAUUAAGAUUACAAAGAACGGCGGGAUUCUUCGCUCAAAGGCUUUGGCUGGGUUGGCACAGCAACAUGGCAUAUCAUGUUAUGCCAAUUCCAUGCUCGAAGGAGGUAUCACACAGGCAGCCUCGUUGCAGCUUGCAGUCACGAUUCCCAAUCUGCUUCCCAUUGGACACUCAUUUAGAUCCGUACUGCGGCUGGUGGAAGGAGAGGUGACCGACUUUGCGUCCAACAUACGCAAUGCUGUCGUACACUUGCCGCGAAGACCUGGGCUUGGCACCUUUGUAGAUGAGGCAAGGCUUCGUUCAAGCGCGCUGGGCAUAUAUUCACUGGAGUGA